AUGGAGACCGCAUUCGAAAAUUUAGGCGCUAUAUCAACGAACGGAGCUUUCGCCUUCUUCAUCGAUGGUCUCGAUGAGUUCACGGGCAACGAACGAGACGGUAUAUCCUUUGUGAAAAGCCUCGCAACCAGCGCAAACAUCAAGCUCCUAGUUUCAAGCAGGCCCAUUGAUACAUGCAUCGCAGCUUUCUCCUCUGCGCCGCAGCUGAGACUUCAGGAUAUAACGAGACCGGACAUCGAACUGUACAUCAACGACACUGUGAGGUCACACUCCUAUGUCGCAGAGUACAAGUUCGUAAGCCACGAAAUCGUCCAAGAGCUGAUAGAAUACAUACAGAACAAAGCAGAUGGUGUAUUCUUAUGGGUCGUGCUUGCGUGCCGCACGCUCCUUGAGGGGUUUGAGGCCUACGACAGCGUAGAGGAAAUACGACGUCGCGUUGAGGAAUUACCACCGGAACUCGAAAGUCUCUUCCGCCACAUACUCAACGGCCUCCCUACUCGCUACCUUCAACAAGCUGCGCGACUUCUGCGAAUUUGUUACAUCCAUCGCUCACUACAAAUCGAAGACAAGACAUCAGCCGUUAGUUUAGCCUGGGCUUAUGAAAAGAACAUGGAGACACGCGCAAUGGAAGAUUUCACAGAACCUAAUCUCGAUGAAAAGAGAUCCAGAACUACGAUGUUCGAAGGCCGUUUGCGUAGUCGAUGUAGAGGACUCCUGGAGGUCUACAAGUCCUUUAUGAGCAAGGAUCCUUACGUCGAUUUCAUGCACCGUACCGUGUUUGAGUUCCUCAGUACUCCGAAUAUUUGGGACAUUGAUUGCCUGCACAUCAGUGACCACGCUUUUGACGCCAGCACGGUUUUGGCAUAUAUGUCCUGCUACACCCUGUACAACAGCGAACUGGGAAGCAUCACGGGGAAGGAUAGGGCUUUCUGGACUGCCGUUGCUUAUGCGCAGGAGGUGGAACAGAAUUCGCCUUCGCACAUGUCCCGCUUACUUAGCCGUUUCGCUUUUGCGAUUCUACAUGAAACAAACUACAAGAACUCAGAUCUAUCCCCUGUGUCCGAUCUGUCACUGGAUACAAAUGCUAUUCUACUAGCAAUAGAAAUCGGCUUCACAACUUUCGCCCAAAGACACGACCUCAAAAGUUUCAACGACCUCCGGAAGCUGAGAAGCGGGCAAGAAAGUCCGGGAUACAGCCUUCUCUAUCACGCUUUUCUGAGUCCACUGUUGGCUACAAGCGUUGUAUAUCAAGACGAGUAUGCAUGUUAUCCGGGUAUGAUCGAUCUUCUUAUCCGCGCUGGCAGCGAUCCAAACGACAGUAUAGAACUGUCUGGGGAUGAUACGAAAACUUGCUGGGUCGCAUGGAUGGAAUCCAAGCACAUGGUCACUAGGAAGAGUUUCCGUGCUGUGGAUGAUGCUGAAGUAACGAUGAUGAUGAUUCGUGCCGGUGCAGCUCUCAUUCCUCAAAAUCCCGAUGAUCCUGCAACUGGCGUUGCUCAUAUCGCUACAGAAGACCACCGAGGACGCCUCACAGAUGCUGUGGGCCAAUGGCUGAAGUUGGCGCCUGAACUACCCAGAUGGGAAGAUCGGGACAAGUUGAUAGCGCUCUGCAAUGGGAUUACAGCUGCAGUAGCAGCAAGCUACCAACCCAAUUAUAGCUGA